GGCGGCUCCUGUCUCCGCGGACUGAAAGAACGUCGGGCUCGAGCCCAUCGCCGCCGACCCCCCUCACUCUCUGCCGGAUCUGAUCCUCCGCUGCCGCGCGCCUCCCUGCCCAGCGGGAGCGGAGAUCCGCCCGGGGGAGGCCUGCUCUGGUUCCCCUCCAGUGCCGGGAGGGAUUCGAGCAGCAUCCACCAAUGAAUUUCCUCUACCGGACCGCCGUGCAGCCCGCGGCGCCCGAGCUGCCGCGGAUUCCAGAGGACACCUUGCCGAAGCCAGCCACGACGCUGGAGGGCCUCAUCAUCGCGGAGGACUCGUACCAGCCCCCCUCCGCCCGCGGCGAGGAUGGAGCUGCUAGUAAUGGGCCUGGGGAUGCCGGUGCGGGUUCCGGGUCUCUAGAUUUGAAGGGUCAGGUGCUGCCGGGGACGCACACUGAUGUCGCGGAGGAGGAAGGGUGGAUCACAAUUCCAUACAAGUCGCUCCCUGAUAACUGGAAUGAUGUUUCAGAAAUGGUGCAGUUGCGGCCUUUGGACCGUUCCUUCCUUUUUCCAGGCGAGCAGGUUCAUAUACUGGCAUGCCUGUCAUCUUCUAAGCAAGAUAUACAGGUUAUAUCCCCCUUCAGAAUUGCGGCGGUGAUGUCUAAGAAUGGAAAUUCUUUGCAACACUCCAUGGAUAAAUUUAGUCCUGUCAAUGCAAAUGGUCACGAUAUUGAUACAACUGGAGAAAAUGGCUGUCAGGAUGUUGAUAAUGAUAUGCAGAGUGUUGAACUCAACAGUGAUGCCUCUCCUUCAGGACAUGAUAUUUUGGAGACUCAAUCUCUCCUUCAGAUGGAAGAUCAUAAACAGCAAAUAGAACUUAUGCUGCAAAGAUUCAGCGAAUCUAAUUUUUUUGUCCGGAUCGCAGAGUCAGAUGAACCUCUGUGGUCCAAAAAAAGAGCAACAGCAGCUAAGAUGUCAGACGGGCGAUCAGAUGGCCAGGGAAACAGUAAGGCUUCAAGGAGUAAUAUUUACAACACCAUUUCUGAUAAAGGGAUUUUCGAUGGUAGCACAUCUGGGGGAGUCGCUCGAGAUACUGUGAAGUGUUAUUCUCUGCAGAAUGGAGACAUAGUGGUUGUUUUGCAAGUGAAUGUUGGUGUUAACAAACUGGAAGAUCCUGUGCUUGAAGUUCUUCAGUUUGAGAAAAGUAUAUCAAACAAUUGUAUGCCUGAGAAUCUUGUAGAUGGACUUUCUGACAGCAAUGAUGAUCCAUGUAGGGAGCUCCUUAGUUGGUUGCUCCCUUUAGAUCGCACAUUACCGCCUCGUUCUUUAGCUCCCUCUACUCUCAAUCCAAGUGCAUCACACAAGCAAUCUUACUCUUCUACUGGAUCUCAAAUAUUUAACUUCAGAAGCUACUCCAUGCCUUCAGCCUCUUCUGUUCAGACACCCAACAACAUAAGACCACCAUCAAUAUCUGAAAGUCAAGAAUUUAUGCCUGAAAAGCCUGCAAAAACCCCUGAUAUCAUAAAUGAUGGGCAGCUUUCAUUUAGAGGGGUUCCUUUGGAACCUGAAAGGUAUUCUGUACGUUGUGGUCUAGAAGGCGUAUAUCUACCAGGAAAAAGAUGGCGGAGAAAAGUUGAAAUCAUUCAACCAAUUGAGGUUCAUUCUUUUGCUGCAAAAUGUACCGUUGAAAAUCUUUUGUGCGUCACAGUAAAGAACAUUGCUCCUACUCAUGCGAAAGAUAUUGUUGUAUUCAUUGAUGCUAUUACUAUCGUAUUUGAGGAGGCAUCCAAAGGAGGUGCUCCUUUGUCAUUACCAAUUGCUAGUAUUGAGGUUGGGCAUGGUCACAGCUUGCCAAAUCUAGCACUCAGGAGGGGAGAGGAACACUCUUUUAUUCUCAAGCCAGCAACUAUGUCCUCAAGGGAACGGAGGACCAACAGUGAUGCACCUCCGGCUUUGUCACUCCCAACGAUGACCGGUGCUACUUUAAAUACUACACCAAAGGUUGGUGAGCCCUUUGUUGCUCUAAGUGACCAGUAUGCCGUACUGGUAUCUUAUCGCUGCAAUUACACAGAAUCGAAACUUUUUUUCAAGCAAGCCACAACCUGGCGACCCUCUGCAGCUAGUGAUCUUAUGAUCUCCGUAUCAUCCGAACUGUCUUUAAGAAAUCCUAGCCUGGGUGCUCGAGUUCCUCAACUCCCUGUGCAGGUAUUAACCCUCGAAGCUACCAAUAUGACAUCCGAAAACCUUACAUUAACUGUCCUUGCUCCUGAAGCAUCUGGUUCUUCUUCAGUUGUAUCCUUGAACUCAGCUCCAACUACACCAAAUGGUUCUUAUGAUGGUGUUAAUGAGUCAGCAAAAAGAUCUGGGUUGGGAAAGCAGGAACUUGGCUUUCGAAGAUUAAAUUCUGUCCUAGCUACGUCUCCAAAAGAAAGUGACAAUGCAGGAAAUAGAAUAAGUAGUGCUUCAGGCUGCACUCAUCUGUGGUUGCAAAGUGCAGUGCCCCUAGGGUGUGUUCCUCCACGUUCGAGCACCACCGUCAAACUUGAGCUGCUUCCAUUAUCAGAUGGUAUCAUUACACUUGAUACACUUCAAAUAACUGCAAGGGAGAAAGGCCUUACCUACAUACCGGAGCAUUCCUUGGAGAUACAUGCUACUUCUGGCAUUUCGUCUGGAAGGUCUUAGGGUAUGAGAUCAAGCCAUACUAGGCCAACUAUGUUGUUCAUUUCUCUUGGAUCUGGACAUAGGCGCUCCAAGGGCAUGAUCUUGGAGCCAAAAUUUCACCAGAUAUAGGUGAGGAUGGCCGCUGCCAUAAACGGAGAAACAGGCACAAUACCUUGUAUCAUAAUUAGAUUUCUCAAAGUCCAUUGAUAGACAGGACAGGUCAACUACACAGGUUUAUGAAAUUUGUAAUGUUGUGUUGCUUAGUUUUGAUGCCAUUUUUUGUUUUGUUUUGUUUUGUUUUUCUGUGAUGUUCUUUUUUUUUCUGUUACAUGUAAACCGUGUUACUGCACUCUUCUUGCCGAGCGGUUGUACCAUAUGCGGCCCCACAUUGAAUUGUACUGGAAAAGGAGAAACAUGUGGAUCAGUGGAUCCCUUUUCGUUUU